AUGGGGCAAUUUUGGCAGGUGGGCUUUAGCACCAUGAGUACCGUGGCUUUGGCGCCCCUGACCUGUUAUACGCACCCGAACGGCAUGCAGAGCUUGUUGAAGUACCCGAACAUCAUUUGUGGCGGCGACGGUCAUGGAGUGAUGCUGCGUCGGCAUUUGGUGCAGGGCUUUCGCUUCUUAGUCUUCCGCUUCCGCUUGGACAGCUGGUGGUACGGAGUGCCCUUGUUGGUGCGUGGACCUUUGCUCUCCUUGCCCAUCGUGUUGGCGACCGACUACCCGCCCAUGCAGACCAUCUUCGUGAAUGUGAUCCUGGCCGUUUUCCUCAUCAUCGAGACCCUGUCCUGGCCCUGGAAGGUGCCACUCUUGCACCUCGUCUUCCACACUCGGGUUCCGCAGAACGACAUGUGGAUGACUCUUUGCUUGAUGCUAUUGGUCAUGGGCUCCGCCUUGUAUUUGGAACCCGUGGAGGGUGCCAUGAAAGACUUCGCCGCGGGCUUCUCAACGGCGGUGAUGGUGUGCAUUGGCAUGGCCAUGUUAAUGAUGGCCAUCGUGGCCACUGCCGCCUUAGUCCACCGCGCUGCCAUGGGGGGCGCCCAGGAGUAUUCCAUCUUCAACAUGGGCAAGGUGGCACCUGCCCCUUUGGUCUACCAACGCUUGAUCGCCCUCUCCGCCGAGCUCCAGAAACUGGAUGAGAGUUGGGUGCAGGGAAGGAUUGCCAGCAUGUCAGCCUUUGACAUUAGGCUCAUCACUGGCUGCAUCACCUUGCUGGCCAUUGAUUGCGUGCCCCACAAGGCGGAUGAGCUGAAGUUCAACUUCGCACGGGUGUCCGCGCAAUCCUUUGCCGUGCGGGGUAAGACACAGAAGAACAUCUAUAAGGAGAAUGUGCACCAGGUGCCAAGCGAGGAGAACGCCCUCAGCUCGGCGGCGGAGUUGGCCGCCGAGCUGGCCUUGGAUGCACCUGAGCUGGCGCCAGCGCCAGGAGUGGCUGAAGCUGCAAUCGUCGAAACGACCGAAGACAAUCGUCAAGCCGGGCCCUUCAAAAGCGGUUGGGUUUAG